CCACAAGAAAGAUGUCCGCCGGGGGAGAGCUGGUGGAGCGGAUGGUGGUUACGUCGGAGAUUGGCGGCUCCAACGCGGCCGCUGCUCCUUCCUCAACCACCUCCCCAACAGCAGCGAGCACAGCCACCGCUACUACAGUGACUGCGGGCGAAGGAGGCGGGGAUGAGGAGGAAGAGUGGCUGUAUGGGGAGGAAAAUGAAGCUGCUGGGCCGGAGGUUGACGAUGAAGAGGACAUGUCAAGCUCGCAUCCGCUACCUGUUGUUGAAGUGGAGACUACUGAGAAUGGUGUGGCCAAAGCGGAUAGGUCAUCAAUAUCAGACUGGCCGGGGUCCAUCUCCCCGCACCUCUACCGACCGGCUCAUGUGACCGAAACAGAAGAUGACAGUGAUAGCGAUAGUGAUGAUGACGACGACGACGUCCAUGUAACUAUAGGAGAUAUUAAAACAGGAGCUCCUCAGUAUGGGAGCUAUGGGACAACCCCAGUUAACCUGAAUAUUAAAACUGGAGGCAGAAUCUAUGGAUCUUCUGGAGGAAAAGUAAAGGGAGUGGAUUUGGAUGCCCCUGGCAGUAUUAAUGGAGUUCCUCUGGUGGAUGUGGACUUGGAUUCUUUUGAGGACAAACCUUGGAGAAAGCCAGGCGCUGAUCUCUCUGACUACUUCAAUUAUGGAUUCAACGAAGAUUCCUGGAAAGCCUACUGUGAAAAACAGAAGAGACUUCGGAUGGGUCUGGAAGCACUUCCAGUCUCAUCGUCAACGAAUAAAAUUACGGUACAGCAGGGAAGAACUGGAAAUUCUGAGAAAGACGGUGUCUUACAGACAACAAAACCAGAGUUCACGUCUCCAUCAUCUUUAUUUAAAUCUGGGGCACCACCUCCAAGUAGAAAGCUCUCGGGCACAAUUGACGUCAUUGGACAAACCACCACAAUAACUCGCGUGGAGGGCCGCCGACGAGGCGCUAAUGAAAGCAAUAUUCAGGUAUAG